AUGGAUCUGCUGAAGGAAACAAAAACUUUCCUAUUUUACUCAGCACCCUCUGCGGUCUUUGGCUCAGACCCUUCAUUGCCCAAGGGGUUCUUGGGGAUCCAGCGAAGUAACAGUCCUACCUACCAUACCGAUCCGCCAGGAUUCAACUCAGCUCUUAGUCACAACAAGAAGCUUCAAAGGAAUCCAAACACAAAAAUUCUCAACCAAAACGGAUGGCUUAUUCACGUUUCCUUGAUGAUUAUUCACGCUCGUAAACUGUUCUUCCGCAAGUCCGCUUCCUUCCUUUUCUCCCCUUGGUCGUGCUCUCCCUCUCAACUCAUCUACCACGACCCCCAUUCGAUACCAAAAAAUGAUGGCGAGCUGGCUCAUAUUCUUUUCUUCUUUGCUACCAAGGGUUGGGUGAUGGGAGAUGUCGACAUUGGACCUCCCCCUGAUGAAGCUAUACAAUACGUGGUUGUUUCUCUAGUCGUGGCUGUAGGUGAUGCCUCAUUACAAGGCACCCACUCUGAGGGGAGCAACGGAGAGUGA